GCCGAGAAGCAAAGAGGCCAUCGAUCAGUCUAGCAACAGCCCGGGGCUUCUGUUUUAAUUACAUGUGUGCUUUGGACUCAAUUCAUCCCUGCUGAAGCAUUAUUAACUUAAAUGAAACUCCACAAUGGAGGAAUUUGACCCAAUAUGUUGUUUUUUUUCCCCCCUCUUUGAUAAUUGUACACCUAACUCAGUUGAAAAGUCCCCAAAUUGGCAUCCAGCUUUAUGUGAGAAGUUGGUGUUUGGGGGUUGUUGAGAACCUCUAAGGCCAGAACACUGUAUGUCCCUCAGCAUGGCCCAAAGCCAUUCCAGCACAGAGGGGUCGGAUGGAUUUUGCUGUCUGUCUGUGUGUCUGGCUUUUCAAACCAGCUUCACUCAAUUUGCAGUGCCAUUUUCAAGAAGCAAAGAGAAAUAAAGUCAACUUCUCCUGUUAGCUCUUGCUGUAGGAAGAAGCUCGAAGCAAUUGUUUAUUCUUUUUCAGGCGUCCUCCAUCCAUCCAGUGCAGCUCUGCAGCUCUGUAUUCAGCACAAGAAAGCUGGUUGCUUUGAUUUACUAGUUGGAAUUGGUGAUUAUCAGCAGUAUUGCUGCCAGCAUUGGGCUACAGAUGAGAAGUCCAGGGAAAUGCAGCAAGGUAGGCCUGCUUCUGGCUGCGGCUGUGCCGUGUGGGAGCUGCAGAGGUCUGCAGCUGGUGCACGAGGCAGCUGAAGGGUCGGCCCAUUUGGGCACGUGGCCCUGGAGGGCAGAGAUCUCCAGCAGGUCUCCCAUCCGGGAGCUGAUGGACAGGGAGGAGAGCAGGCUGAGGGCUGAGCUCUGCAGUGAGAACAGGAGCAGCCGCGACCAAAUCCACGCAUUGGACAGCACCAGGGCAGAUGGAGAGGCAGAGGGCAGGGAGCAAGGGCACGGCUGCUGUCCUGGCUGUCCUGCUCUCCUCCUUCCUGCAAGCUGCCGAGGUGGGAGCCCUGCAUGGUUCUCUGGUGGCAGAGAACGGCAGCUGGGCUGCUGAGGAAGCGCAGAGCAACGUGUCCACGGAGCAUGCAUUUUUCUCUCUGGAUUAUCAGCAUGUCCAAGUCCCCUUCGAAAUCACGCUCUGGAUCAUGCUUGCAUCCUUGGCCAAAAUAGCAUUUCACCUAUACAACAAGCUGCCAUCUGUGGUCCCAGAAAGCUGUUUAUUGAUAUUUGUGGGACUCAUCAUGGGGGGCAUCAUCUAUGGCCUGAAUGACAAGUCACCUCCUGUCAUGGACAGCGAUAUCUUUUUCCUCUACCUGCUGCCACCCAUCGUCCUCGACGCAGGGUACUUCAUGCCCAGCCGCCCUUUUUUUGAGAACAUCGGCACCAUUCUCCUCUACGCGGUGGUGGGGACGAUAUGGAACGUGUUUGGGAUUGGCUUUUCGCUCUAUGGCAUCUGUCAAGUGAGAGCUUUCGGGCUGCGGGACGUGUCGCUGCUCCACAACCUGCUCUUCGGCAGCCUGAUCGCGGCGGUUGACCCUGUGGCCGUACUGGCCGUGUUUGAGGAGAUCCACGUCAACGAGAAGCUGCACAUCUUGGUCUUCGGCGAGUCGCUCCUGAACGACGCGGUGACCGUGGUGCUCUACAAACUAUUUCGAUCGUUCUGUGAAAUGCCAGCCAUCAAAACGGUGGAUGUGUUCGCCGGAGUUGGAAAAUUCUUUGUGGUUGGGAUUGGGGGAGUGUUGGUAGGUCUUACCUUUGGGAUGACCUCUGCCUUCACCACACGAUUCACCAAGGACAUCCGUGUCAUCGAGCCGCUCUUUGUCUUCCUGUACAGUUACCUUUCCUACCUCACCGCAGAGAUGUUUCACCUCUCUGGCAUCGUGGCCAUCAUUGCUUGUGCCAUGGGCAUGAAACGUUAUGUGGAGGCCAACAUCUCUUUGAAGUCUCACACCACGGUUAAAUACUUCAUGAAGAUGUGGAGCAGUGUUAGUGAUACGCUCAUCUUCAUCUUUCUUGGAGUGUCUACCAUUGGAGAAAAUCACGAGUGGAACUGGCCGUAUAUUUUCUUCACUGUCAUUUUCUGUCUGAUUUGGAGAGCAUUAGGGGUUCUGGUGCUGACCUUCUUUGUGAAUAGAUUUCACGUCAACACUGUCACCAGCAAGGACCAAUUCAUCAUUGCCUAUGGGGGGCUCCGCGGCGCCAUUUGCUUCUCUCUGGUCUUCUUGCUUCCUGACUUCCGCAGAAAGAAGCUCUUCAUUGCAGCAACCACUGUGGUCAUCCUCUUCACCGUGUUCGCACAGGGAAUGACCAUCCGCCCUCUUGUAGACUUGCUGCAUGUCAAGAGGAAAAGAGAGAGUGCUCCUACAGUGGGUGAGCAGAUUCACAUUCGGUUCCUGGAUCACUUGCUGGCUGGCAUAGAAGAUAUAUCUGGACACUGGGGACAGUAUUACUGGAAAGACAAGUUGGAGUAUUUCAACAGCAAAUACCUGCAGAAGUUCCUGCUCCGAGAAUACGACCAGCCCAAAUCAAGCAUUGUGCUUCUCUACGAAAAGCUGGAGCGGAAGCACGCCAUCGAGCUGGCAGAAGCAGGGCAGCUGGGCCAUGCCCCAUCCCACCCGUCCUUGGUUAACAGUGACAGGACUGUCACAACAGAGAAGAAACUGGAGGAUACCCUGCAUCUGGAUGGCCUGGAAGACAUACAGGAAAUACUGGCAAGGAACCUGUACCGAAUCAGGAGAACGGGCCCAGCAUACAGCAGGCACACGCUGCCCGGCGAGACGGAGCCUGUGGAGCAAGCCCAGGAGAUCCUGAUCCUGCAACGCCGGAGCCUGCGGGUGGAUGCAAGUGGGAGCGAUGGGAUCAGCCCCAGGAAGGAGGCCAACACCAGCCCAAGAAGGACCAGCAGUGGAGCUCCUCCUGCCCAGUGCUCAGCUUUGGCUCAGCCUGCACCAAUCCACUCCUGCCUUUGUCCUCCCUGUCUUCAGGUGUCGAUCUUUUGGCUUUACAGCGUUGCGAGGUGGCUCCUGGCUGUGCUAGGAACCAUGCCAAGGGUUUGCCAAGUGAAUAGGUGAGAGGCAAGGAAAGAACAACCCUUAUCCCUUUGAGCCAGCGGUGCGAAUCAGAUGAUUUACACCAGGCACAAAAAUCUUGGCAAGAGUGAGAGGUGACUUCAGAUCUGAAUCGCUGCCCAGAGGAUUAACUCCAAGACACUAUCUAUUUCCAACAGAAAGUUCGCCUUCCUCCGCCUGAGGA